AUGGCUAGUAGUAGUCCGUACAUAAUUGUGCUUGUGUAUCCCAAUUUCCGUAUGAGAAACGGCGACAAUGGAGUGACAUUUGAGUGCGAUGAUCCGAUAUUGUUUCUCACUCAACGUGUGAAUACGUUGUCGAAUUUGAAAUGUUUGAUAUUGAGCAGGCUUGGUGGUACAGAAACGAUGGAGAUCGGAAGGGUGGCGUAUAGGUUGCUGUCCCCCAUGGGUAACGGAAUCUUCCGAUUUCGACUAUUCCGACUACAAGACGACGAGCAUGUGCAAGUGAUGUUUGACAUCCAUGGGAGGAUCAUGGUGGAGCAAGUGAUGGAGCUGUCUGCAGAGGUGGAACACAGCGGCGAUGAUCCUUUUGUACACUCGACCUAUGUGCAGGACGACCGACCCCUCGCACCACCGCCCAUUCAUGUCGCUGUUCCAUUGGAUCAGGCCGAGGAGUGCAAGGAGGAGUCGGACGAGGAUUACGUGACGGACAGUGGGGGUAGCGACUUGUCCGAUAGUGGGGAUGAGAAUGAGUGUGUUCCGGAGACACCCGUUCCUACUGCGGCCCGCUACGUCCUGCCUCCACCUCUUUCAAUACCGGCGCUUUUGGUAGUUCCGUCUCACUAUCACAGUCUGGAUUUGGACGCCAUGCAUGAGAGGACUCCGUUUCUUGACACGGGUGAAGAGGAUUACAACCUAGACGGCGGUGUAGAGUUUCGGGUCGGCCACAAGUUUAGAAGCCGGGAGGCAGUACUUCAGGGUGUCAAGAACUACAGUAUUUGGAGGAGUGCGGAGUACCGAGUGAUCGAAUCAGACCGGUUAAAGUACCAUAUGCAGUGCCGUCAAGCUGAUAAUGGGAGCCUCCGUGUGGCCCUUCGUCAGAACCUCGGAUACUGGUAA